AUGGAUUUAGAUUACAAUCCAAGCCGUAAAUCCCGAAUCAAGAGCAAAUGGGUAGCCACAGUAGCCAGCAUAUGGAUCCAGUGCACCAGUGGCUCCCUCUACACCUUCAGCAUCUAUUCCCCAGUCUUAAAAUCCAGCCAAGGCUACGAUCAAUCCACACUCGACACAAUUUCUGUUUUCAAAGAUUUGGGUGCAAACGCAGGCAUCCUUUCCGGCCUGCUCUACUCCACCACCGCCCGCGAUGGCCGUGGGGGGCCAUGGGUGGUGCUGUUGGCCGGCGCCGUUCAGUGCUUUCUAGGGUACUUGCUCAUGUGGUUGACUGUUACUCAAGUGCUGCCACGGCCGCCGGUGGCGGUGAUGUGCUUGUAUAUGCUCCUGGCGGCGCACGCCAUGACGUUUUUUAACACGGCGAAUGUGGUCACCGGCGUGCAUAAUUUUCAGAAUUACGCCGGCACUAUUGUCGGCAUCAUGAAGGGCUUUCUUGGUUUGAGUGGAGCUAUAUUGAUUCAAGUGUACCAGACAAUUUUCAAGGACAAGCCUAGUUCAUAUCUACUGAUGCUGGCGUUUUUGCCCACAAUAAGUUCUCUUCUGUUCAUGGGGUUUGUAAGAAUUUACAAAACAAACGAAGAAUACGAGAAACGAUACUUGAACAGUUUCUCUUUUCUUGCUGUUCUUCUAGCGUCUUAUCUUACAGCUGUAAUAAUCGUUGAGAAUAUUCUCAAGUUAAGAUUGUCAAUACGCAUCUUCACCUUUGUUGUACUCGUCUUGUUGCUAGUCUCCCCGGUUUUUCUUGCAAUUAAUGCCCAGAGAGAGAAAUCGUAUAGGAUGAUAAAAUCCCUGCUCGAGCAUAACCAAUUAACUGAUGACAGAGAGGAUAUGACACAGAUCAGACAAAAUGAGGUCUCAAAUGGUGCUGAUCAAGUUACAGAAACAAGUGAUGAUACUAUGAGACAAGGGGACGACCUGAAUCUUCUGCAAGCAAUGUGCACUAUCAGUUUCUGGUUUUUAUUAAUUACAACUGCUUGCGGCAUGGGCUCAGGACUUGCCACAGUGAAUAACCUGGCACAAAUAGGAGGAUCUCUUGGUUACACUAGCUUAGAGAUUAAUACUUUGGUUUCUUUAUGGAGCAUCUGGAAUUUUCUCGGUCGAUUUGGAGCUGGUUAUAUUUCGGAUUAUUUCUUGCACGCAAAAGGAUGGCCGAGGCCCUUGUUCAUUGCAAUUACCCUAGCCGCUAUGAGCAUCGGUUAUGUUGUGGUUGCUUUUGGUUUUCCGGGUGCUCUAUAUGCCGGUUCGGUUUUGGUGGGUGUUUGUUAUGGCUCACAGUGGUCACUAAUGCCAACAAUCGCUUCUGAAAUAUUCGGUAAAGUGCAUAUGGGAACAAUAUUCAACACCAUAACCAUUGCCGGUCCUGUUGGAUCUUAUGUUCUUUCUGUCAGGACAAUUGGUUACUUCUACGACAGAGAAGCAUCGGAUAAUGGAAAAACGUGCAUCGGAAAUCACUGUUUCAAGUUAUCGUUUAUUAUUAUGGCAUCUGUUACCGUCUUGGGAUCUCUUGUUGCCUUAGCAUUGUUCUUCCGAACAAGAAACUUCUACAAACAUGUCAUACACAGAAGGCUUUUAUAUUCUCAGCAAUGGAGUAGUCUCUUGGUGGAUACUGAAUGA